CACUUACAAUACAACCAGAUAUUUUUGAUCACUUAAAGUUACAAAUACAAAAUGAGCUAUUACGUUUGCUUGCAUCAGGAAGGCAUUAACAGCAUUCCCGGUCUGGUGAAAAAGGGCUUAGCUCACAAUUACACUGUUGUUGCAACGUCAGUAAACCCAAACACAUUGCCUUUCGACCCAUUUGAAGACGAUCCGACGUAUCCAGGAACGCUUCUCAAUGCUGUGGAGUGGACUUCAAGGAUUAUUCUCAUACUGUCUGAUGUUGCUAUCGACUCCCCUAAUGCCAAGGUUCGUGCGCAAGCCGAGCGCAUUCUGAUGCGAGAUAUCACAUGGGCGGAGCACCUGCAAACCAAUGGCAGUGUAAUGGUACGCCUGCGCGGCCCAAAAAACAAGCAACUAGCAGAGAUCAUUAAGGGGAGAACGAAGGGUAACUGGUUCAUUCAAGUGCCCAUCACCAAUCCAGAGCUGGGUACCUUUGAACAUCGAACAGAUGCAACAGAUGAGGAAGUGAGCCAGGCUGAAUCCAUCGAUCCAUGGAGCUGGUGGAACGAUUUUCGUUUCGAAAUGGAUCAUAGCUCAAAGGUAAAAGUGGUGCUCGAUCUUAGAGAUUCGGAUCGGCCAAGUCGUGAGACCGUGCGACGAUGGCUUGGCGAGCCCAUAGAGGCUGUCAUGAUUCCCUCUAGUCUGUUUGUGCGUAAUCGCUACAAUUACUUUGUACUGCACGGGGAGUGGCAGGUCAUAAUAGGACAUUUUAUUGCCGCGCGUGCUAAAAUCAUAGUCUCUGUAAAUCCCACUGAUAAAUCGUUGUUACAAUACGCGGACUAUAUGAAUAAAUUGAUAAAUGACAACUGUGAUUCUCACAACUUAAACAGUUACGAAAAUGCACUGGAAAUCCCGCUACAGCCACUUUGCGAUAACCUGGACUGCUGGACUUAUGAAAUAUUUGAAAAAGAUCCUGUAAAAUAUAAACUUUAUCAGGAAGCCAUACAAAAGGCUCUGCUCGAAUGCGUUACUGACGAAGAGGCUGACAAAAAGUUGACAGUGGUCAUGGUUUUGGGAGGCGGACGAGGCCCACUGGCUCGUGCCGUUUUUAACGCUGCUGACCUGACCAAAAGAAAAGUACGCGUCUACAUAAUCGAAAAGAAUGUAUGCGCGAUUCGCACUCUAUCGAACAUGGUGAAGACAUUGUGGCCAAAGAAAGAUGUCCACAUAUUUUCAAAAGAUAUGCGCCAUUUCUCACCGCCAGAAUUGGCCGAUAUUCUUGUAUCCGAACUGCUGGGCUCUUUCGGAGACAACGAACUUUCGCCGGAAUGUCUUGAUGGCGCCGCUAAGCUCCUCAAACCCAAUGGAAUCAGCAUACCCUGCAAGUCAACGUCCUAUAUAAAUCCGCUAAUGUCUGCCGUGUUGCACAACAAUGUGGAACAGUUCAGUGGUGUUGUAUCCGCCUUUAAUUAUGGAUAUGUGGCCCUGUUGAAGAGCAUUUACCAUAUUGCCGAGCCGCAGACACUCUUCGAAUUUACGCAUCCGAAUAGGACUGAUCAAAUAGACAACUCGCGUUACAAAGAGCUUUCGUUCACUGUUAGCAAGGACUGUGUAUUGCAUGGAAUCGGCGGAUAUUUCGAUACAGUUUUGUACGAAAACAUAAUCCUGAGCAUCAAUCCACUAACCCACACGGAGGGAAUGUUUUCAUGGUUUCCCAUGUUUUUCCCCACACAUCCGCAUACUGUGAAAGCUGGCGACACAAUUUCAAUCAAGUUCUGGCGCCGUGUCGAUGCCGAAAAGGUCUGGUAUGAGUGGCAAGUUUGUUCACCUUUUGAAGGGUGUGUGCACAAUGUGGAUGGCACGGGCUACAAUAUGCGUUUGUAGACUGCAAUACUACGAUAUAGACACAAACACAAUAGUUUUAAAAACUAUUUGCUUCCAAAAAACCAUUCAGAUACCCAUACUUAAAUGGAACUAGGGCAUGCACAGAUUUAACUGAAAAUCUGCGGCAUUAAUUGUCUGCGACUUUUAUUUAGGUUUAUAUUUGAAAACUUUAUAAAUAUCCUUAAAAGUAAAGUAUAUGUCCUUAAA